GUCAAUCACAUUAUCAAGUUGUUCUUGUCGUGUACCGGCCCCAGCGUCCCAGACGUUCUCUACCUAGGGUGCCUACCUAGGUAGCCACCACUUCCCGCCUUCCGGACCUGAAUCUAGUGUCCGACCCCCAUCGCAAAAAAACCCCCAAAAAACCGACGCGCUUAUCCCAUUGCGGCCUUCACUUUCCCCUGCAACGCCCCAAAAGCAACCUGUCCUAGCGCCACUUUCAGCAAACAUCCUGGCGUCGCUCGCCCGAAGUGUCCCCCACCUGGCAUCAAAAUCCCUCCGUAGGAGACUCACGGACUCCCCUCCCUCCCGCCUCCUUCUGUUGCAGCUCGCAGCAAACCCCAACAGCAAACCCCAGGGUCAAACAUCGGGCCAGAAAAUAACAACAGGCACGCAAUAGCUCCAUCCACUGACCUUGUACGCCGAGACGACGCCCGCGCCCACUGCGCCCACCGCCUUGCGAGACAGAUCAAUUAAAAGUAGCACCCUUCCCCAGUCGCCCACCAUGGCAGAGCAUCAUCCACUUCCCGCGCUGCCUCCCCAGCAUCAGCAGCCAAACCAGCAGUUCUAUCACGACGGAGCCGCCGAUUCGUACAACGAGCCUUCGACUCGCUUCUCGUCCUACCAGCAACCGUACGAUCAGCCGCCUCGCCAACAGACUCAAACACAACAAAGCCCACCAAUUCAGAAGCAGCCGCAGUCUCCCCAUAGACGACCUAGAACAUUCAGCUUCCAGUCCAACAGGUCCCACAAAAGCUCGGGAAGUCACCACAAAAUCGACUUACACGAGAGCCACCAAGAGAAGGAAGCAAAAAGAUUGCACAGCAAAGCCGAUCCCACCGUCGCUAUGAGCGAGGCCGAACCUUCCGCCGUUCAAGCAAUGACUAAGUCGUCUUUGGCUCCAUUGCGCGCAAUUCAGCACAAGGAUACAACUGGCAACCCCAUCUCCGAGCCCGAUCGAUCCAACCCGACUCGUAGCCGGUGGGAGCGACCUUUGGAUACCAUCCGCAGCUUCGAGGCCGCCAUUGAUGGAGGUUACCGAGACAGGGAUCGCCGCCAAUCAUAUCGCUCAGAUGCCGAUUCUGUUGCGACAUGGAACCGACGGAGCAGUUAUUACGCCACCAGCGGAACUCGCCACCCCCAUGACAGCUAUUAUGGCGGGCGCCCCGGUUCCUUCCGCCCCGAGAGCACUCAGAUCGAGAUGGGCUCCACCCGCCAGAGCUACUAUGAUCAGUACCACAAUGGGCCCGGAGGAGGAUAUUAUAAUGGCAACAUUCCCUAUCGUCAGAGAGUUCCCAGAACGCAAACAGAUCCACAUAUGAAUGGAUAUGGCCGCGGCGAUCAGACCGUUUAUCCUUUGUCUAACAAGGACCGCUCGUACGAAACUGUCACGUCCGCGGCCGGAAGUGGGAGUUCGGCGGAGCACGCCGGCUACCAUACCGACCCGACUAGCAGCGACAACAGCUCCAUCGAGCGAGCUCCGGCUCCAAGGCCUGAGCCUGUUAACGACUACGGUAUCGGCUUCAGCCAGGGGCAGUCAUCAUACCAACCGUCUGCGUUCAGUCUCGAGAAUGGCACACCCAACGGCAAAGGCCCCGCUCAUUCAUCUGUGAAGCAGGGCCCCCAAAUUUCCGGCAAGGGCGCAAACGUGCUCCGAAGACCAGCCGCAGCCCCGCCUCAACAGCAGCAGCAGCAGCCGCCGCCACCGCCGCCGCAUCAACAGCCGCAGGAGCGACCUGAAUCAUCAAAGAGGAAAAGCUGGUUUUCUCGCCGGUUCAGCAAAGCAUCCUGAGGAACGAAAGGCACGAAAAUGAAAUGGUUUCCGUCUCAACUUUGUCGAUACCCCAAUUUCCUACAUUCUGGGCGAGGUAUAGUAUUUCGGGCGAGGAUCAACAUAUAGGCUCUUUGUGACGGGCUUAGAGACACUGAUCAGACAGCCUCUCAUGGGGAACGGCUGGAUGCUUGAGAUGCUUCAUAAACAUCAUUAUCUUUGACUUUGUUCGAAGACGACGGUAUAAUAGUGUUGGAUUCAGGUGUAUGUACACGAUUCGUUUUACGACGGGAUGGGGAGGAUCAUGGUUGGAUGGUCUGGUUAGGGACGAAGUUUUUGGGCUCAUUUUAUGACGACACACAUACGACUACACAAGCUUCCAACGCAGUGACU